CCUCACAUGUAUUAUAUUAAAUAAUGCAAACUAUGUUACUAGUCAAGAAAGACCCAAACAAUCACAGAUAGAGAUUCAAAACACAAGUGUUUUUAGGUAGUAACAAUAUAGGAUUAUGGGGGAAGAAGUGGAGCUUUAUGGUGUUACGGGAAGCCCUUUUACUAGCAGAGUAAAUAUAGCUCUGAAACUCAAAGGUAUUGAAUACAAAUAUUAUGAAGAAGACAUGAAGAACAAGAGUGCUUCACUCCUCAAAUACAACCCAGUUCACAAAAAGAUCCCUGCCUUUGUUCACAAUGAAAAGCCCAUAGCAGAGUCACUUGUCAUUCUUGAAUACAUCGAUGAGACAUGGAAGAUUCAUCCCAUCUUGCCUGAAGACCCCUACGAAAGAGCUCAAGCCCGUUUUUGGGCUCAUUUCAUUGAUGACAAGAUCGUGCCAACGGCAUGGAAAGUGUUCUGGGUGAAGGAGGAGCAGAAAAAGGCAUCAGAAGAAGUAAGUGAGUAUUUAGAGCUCCUAGAGAAAGAGCUGAAAGGCAAGUACUUUGGAGGAGAAAGCAUUGGGUUAGUGGACAUAGCAGGAAACUUCAUAGCACAAUGGUUACCAAUUUUUCAACAGCUCAUGGGAAUAGAGAUAUUGACUGAGACAAAGUUUCCAAAGCUCUACAAAUGGACCCAUGAUUUUGCUACUCAUCCUCUGGUCAAGGAAGCAUCGCUCCCUGAAGAAGUACUCAUGGCUAUGUGCAAGCUUCGUUUAAACACCACCAGCUGAAAAAUGAUAUACAAAUUAUGUUAUAUCAUAAUAAAUAAUUAAUAAAUUUAUAAGAACAAUAUACUUUUUUUUCUUCCUGAAUCGUUGAGGAUAUAUCAGCAAGUAGAAUUCAUGGGAUAUAAUUUUUAAAUAUAUAUAAUUUGAUUGUAACGAUUACAAAUUUAUAAUUUUUCAAUCCAUCUAAUUUAUGUAAGUGCAGAUA